AUGAUGGAAUACUAAUAGGGUUCAUUAUUGGAGAUAAUAAUCGAAUAUUUGAUAUUUGUAUUGAUGAUUAAGUAAUGGAGGAAAAUUAUUAGACAAGAAAACUUAUUAUAACAUAGACGAUUACACUUAAAAUAGACUAUUAUAAAGAAGGAGAUAUUUGAUUUAAUUAUCAGCUAGUAACAGAUGUAUUCAAUAUUUAUUAGGUAAGAAUCAAAAUGUGAAAACAAUUGA